CCUCUCUCUCUCUGGUACAUCCACAAUGGUCCAGGCAGCAUCUUGCAGCACAAUGGUUGCGGGGUGCUGGUGAGCUGGGCCAGUGAUUCAGCAUCCGCCAAAGCUCGGUUCCGUCCACCUCUGCUUUUUUUUUUCUUUUCCUCAUCGCCUUUUUCUUACUCUUUUAUUUUUUUCCUUCUCUCCAGCCCCACCUUCGCCAUCUUUUUAUGACCGUUCCAUUUGUCAGCCUUUGUGAGCACCGCAGUGUUUCCCGUCAGGAUGUUUUGAACAGGACUGUCACCGGAGCGGGUCGUCAUCAGCUGGCACGGAAUGGUAUUUAUGAGCAGACAUUUCUUAUAUAACUGCAGCCAACCAAUCCUGGAUGUGAAGAUAGCCUUUUGUCAGGGUUUUGGAAAACAAGUGGAUGUGUCAUAUAUUGCCAAGCAUUACAACAUGAGCAAAAGCAAAGUGGACAACCAGUUCUACAGUGUGGAAGUGGGAGACUCUACCUUCACAGUUUUAAAACGCUACCAGAAUUUAAAGCCCAUUGGCUCUGGAGCUCAGGGAAUUGUCUGUGCGGGCUAUGACGCUGUCCUGGACAGAAACGUAGCCAUUAAGAAGCUGAGCAGACCCUUCCAGAACCAGACGCACGCCAAGAGGGCGUACCGGGAGCUGGUGCUCAUGAAAUGUGUCAAUCACAAAAAUAUUAUCAGUUUAUUAAAUGUCUUCACACCACAGAAAUCAUUAGAGGAAUUCCAGGAUGUGUACCUAGUGAUGGAGCUGAUGGAUGCCAACUUGUGCCAGGUGAUCCAGAUGGAGCUGGACCAUGAGCGAAUGUCCUACCUGCUCUACCAGAUGCUGUGUGGGAUCAAGCAUCUGCACUCAGCCGGCAUUAUUCACAGGGAUCUCAAACCAAGCAAUAUAGUGGUGAAAUCAGACUGUACGCUGAAGAUCCUGGACUUUGGACUGGCCAGAACUGCAGGCACCAGCUUCAUGAUGACUCCUUAUGUGGUGACCAGAUACUACAGAGCCCCAGAGGUGAUCCUGGGAAUGGGAUACAAAGAAAAUGUGGAUAUAUGGUCGGUGGGGUGCAUUAUGGGAGAAAUGGUGCGCCACAAAAUCCUUUUCCCCGGGAGGGAUUACAUCGACCAGUGGAACAAAGUGAUCGAGCAGCUGGGUACGCCCUCGCCGGAGUUCAUGAAGAAGCUUCAACCCACAGUCAGGAACUACGUGGAGAACCGGCCCAAGUACGCAGGCCUCACUUUCCCCAAACUCUUCCCUGACUGCCUUUUCCCAGCGGACUCUGAGCACAACAAACUCAAAGCUAGCCAGGCCAGAGACCUGCUGUCUAAGAUGCUGAUCAUCGACCCGGCUAAGCGGAUAUCGGUGGACGAGGCCUUACAGCACCCCUACAUCAACGUGUGGUACGAUCCGGCCGAGGUGGAGGCGGCCAGGGAUCUCAUCCAAAUAUCCAUGCCUCCACCUCAGAUCUACGACAAACAGCUGGAUGAGAGAGAACACUCCAUUGAUGAAUGGAAAGAAUUAAUCUAUAAAGAGGUGAUGAACUUUGAGGAGAGAACGAAGAAUGGCGUAGUGAAGGGACAGCCUUCACCUUCAGGUGCAGCCGUGAACAGCAGCGAGAGCCUCCCUCCUUCCUCCUCCAUCAACGACAUCUCCUCCAUGUCCACCGACCAGACCCUGGCCUCAGACACUGACAGCAGCCUGGAGACCUCUGCAGGACCCCUUGGGUGUUGCAGGUGACUAGCCGCCUGCCUGCGCAACCCUAUGUUCUUCCGAAGGUGAAGAACCAAGAACGACCGAGCGAACGUACUUAAAAAAAAAAAAAAAAAAGGAAAAAAAAGAGAAAA